AUGGCUUUUCCUCAAACUCCAUUCAAAGAUAGACUGAACAGUUUCUUUUGUCCUGACGAAGCUGAAAUAGGCCUGCUUCACUCGCUUCUUCCAGGGCCUAGAGCCCAACUCGCGCAAAUAGAGGUUGACAUCGCAAACACAACAAAAGCACUGGAGACACUCAAACAGCAGCGACACACUUUACGCAGCUACAUCUUCUCACACGAGUCACUCCUCGCUCCGAUUCGACGGAUUCCUGCCCAUAUUCUGCAGGAAAUCUUCGUGGCUUGCUUGCCCACAGAGCAGAUGGCAUUUUUCGACCAUCAUGAAGCACCGCUCCUACUUGGAAGAGUGUGUCGCUUUUGGCGUCAGCUCUCCCAUGAAACUUCUCUGCUCUGGGCGGGCUUACUUGUGUGCGGAGAUACCCGCUCGCCCUACUAUCCCCGUGGCAGAACGCCAUGGACUUCCCAGCUAUUUUCUUCCGUUAUUCCUCCAUGGCUCACUCGCGUCGGCACGAGACCACUCCGCAUAUCUUACAUUCAACACAAAACAGACAUCGAGAAUUCGCAUCAUGGCAAUAACCCAGACGAUUUUCGUGGCACCAUGCUGCGGACCAUACUUGACGCUCAUCCUCGGGUGGGAGGCCUGGAUAUAUGGUGCAGCAGUAUGGAUUUCUGGGACUCUUUAUUAUCUCUUGACCCAGACAAUAUGCCUCUUCUGAAGCAUGUCCGACUGAUCAGUUACCCCUAUGCACCGCCGUCCGUCUUUGACCGCACCACACUCCUCCGUAGUCCACAGUUGGAGUCCGUCUCCCUCGUCGGAUGCGCCGAUCCUCUUACUCUUCCGCUGCCCUGGGCCAACUUGACCGACCUUAGGCUCAAAUGUCAUUCUAUACCAAGCGUCACUACCGUUACUACCGGCGUCAUUGUCGGUGGCCUGGACGAAAACGGCGUCUACCUCAUACUUCGACGUUGCACCCGUCUCGCUCAUUGUGAGCUCACGAUAACCCGCCUGGGCUCGCUCACAUACUCUAAUCCACUCACUCUUCCAUGCAUGCAAGAGCUAUUCCUCUGCCCGAUCGCCCUCUCGCGAGCCGAAUCGAAACGCUUCCACGAACGCGUCACAACUCUCUUGCAACUUUUGGCGAUGCCAAAUCUCCGGGCGUUCGGUCUCGGCAAUAGCAGAGCCCAUGAACUUGCCCCGUCAUCGAUCAUUAUCCCCACAGCUCAGGUCGCCGAGUUCCACCUGGACCAGGUCACUGAAGAUGCGGUCCUUGCGGCUCUACGAGAACUACCACCGACAACACAUCUGCGGGUGGGCAAAUAUUUCCAGAAUCUGCCAGAAAAUCACCCUUGGAUUUGGUCCUUGACCGAUGCAUUUUUCGAAACGCUCGAGAAAGAAAAGCUGAAUGCGCAGUUGAAGCACCUUCACGUCGUUGCUCCAUCUUCUGCCUUAAAACAAAGCGGAUUCAUGUCAUUAUUGCGAUUCUUCUCCCCAGACGCCACUCACCGAACGUUAACGUUGAGCCUCCCAAUCACCAAGUCCCUAGAUGUAGAAGAUGAGUUGAGGGCAGAGGAGCAGAACGGGCUCAGAUGGCGCAUUAACGUUGUCUGCUCCGACUCAGAGGCUCGACGUAGGCGCUCUGCCUAUCAGUUGACGAACAAUUCCGAGGUAUCUUCCUAUCACCAGCGUGCGUAUCAAGCACCAGACGACUGA